GUCUAUCGCGCAAAAAGUGGGUGUAACUGCAGUCACAACACAACACAACAAACCAAACCAAAAUCUGCUUUUAACUUUGUAUACUGCCAAAUUGCUGGUGUCCUCGUUUAACGCUGAUAAUUGCAGCAUUCAUCUCAAAACAAUGGCUGAGGAAGAUGAGCUGACUUUGCCGAGAGCAUCAAUCAACAAAAUAAUCAAAGAGAUCAUUCCUAACAUUAGAGUAGCUCAAGACUCAAGAGAGUUGAUUUUAAAUUGCUGCACCGAGUUUAUACACCUCAUAUCAUCAGAAGCAAAUGAAAUUUGCAAUCAAAACCAAAAGAAAACAAUCAAUGCUGAGCACGUUUUGCAAGCACUAGACAAACUUGGAUUUGGUGACUACAGACAUCCUGCAGAGACUGUUUUAAAAGAAUGUAAGUCAGUGGCUGCAAAGCGGCGUAGGCAGAGCACUCGUUUAGAAAAUCUGGGAAUACCUGAAGAUGAACUUUUGAGACAGCAACAAGCUCUGUUUGCAAAGGCGAGGGAGGAACAGGCUGCAGUCGACGUUGCACAGUGGCAGGAAGUCCAGGCGGCAGCUGCGCAACAAAGCUCGUCUUUUGUAACUGAAAGUUUGGACAAGGAUGAUGAUGACGAUGAUGAUUACUGCUAGAAUUCAAUUAAAGAUCACGAGUUUGAUAUCAA